AUGUCCGCCAGUCUGCUACGCUACUUUAACAAAGGUAUUGUCACCGGAGGCUCUAAAGGGAUCGUCAGGGUGUUUGUGGAGAAUGGUGCCAAAGUAGCGUUCUGUGCGAGAGGAACUGCAGCAGGUGAGGCUCUAGAGAUUGAGCUCAAUAAAUCCGGGCCAGGAUCGUGCAAAUUUGUGCCAUGUGACGUCUCCAAAGAGGAAGACAUCAAGAGGCUGAUUGCAGUGACUAUGGAGUGCCAUGGACAAAUAGAUUGCCUGGUUAACAACGCAGGGUGGCACCCACCUCAUAAACGUACUGAUGAGACGACUGCAGACGAGUUUAGAGAUCUGUUGAAUCUGAACCUUGUCAGCUACUUCUUGGCCUCUAAACAUGCCUUGCCAUACUUGCGUCAGACUCAAGGAAACGUCAUUAAUAUUUCAAGCCUGGUGGCCACCAUCGGUCAAAAACACGCCGCACCUUACGCUGCCACUAAAGGGGCGACAAUAUCCAUGACAAAAGCUAUGGCCGUGGAUGAAAGUCGCUACAACGUGAGAGUCAACUGCAUCUCCCCCGGCAAUGUAAUGACACCUCUGUGGGAACAACUGGCAGGACAGACACCAGAUGCUGCAGCAGCCAUCAAAGCAGGAGAGAGUGCUCAGCUGAUUGGUCGAAUGGGGACAGAAACUGAAUGUGGUCUUGCUGCCUUAUUCCUAGCUGCGGAUGCAACGUUCUGCACAGGGAUAGACUUGCUGCUUAGUGGAGGAGCUGAGCUCAACUAUGGCUUCAAGAGUCAAAUCCCAUGA